AUGAACUUUGACGACAAGUAUCUAUGGCAAAAUUCGGUUCAAGCCCUGCCACUUGAGUUGGGACUUCAAAUAUUUGGAACCGUGCUAGGAUAUGUUUUCGCUACUUGGGCGACUCCUAUCGGGCUUAUGUGGAUAACACAAAGUCACCUCUGGUUAAUGAUUUGCAUCCAAAUAAUCAGAGGGACUGUUGUUAUCCUCGCGAGUGGCCGGGACUCGAAUCACCUAGUCUACAAAACUGCCCCAAAAGAUCCCAAUUGGAUAUUUGCUGGUCCAGAGUACCACGCCCUCCAUCAUGUUUACCCAGAUCGCUAUAUCGGUUCGUUUAUCAAACUAUUCGACUGGGUAUGGGGUACUGCUUACUCCGUUCGAGGAAAACGGGUCGUGGUUACGGGUGGAAAUGGAGCUUUUGGCCGAGCUAUUAUAGCCGAGCUUGAACAAGAAGGAGUACAGAGCAUUCACAGUUUGAAGUUCGGCGUUGACUGGGACUAUCAAAACUUCGAAAAAGCCAUUGCAGCACUUUCUGCGUGUGACGUCCUUAUCCUAGCCCACGGUACCAAAGGCCAAGAUGCAGUGGAAUCGAAUUGCAAUUCGGCAGUCCGGCUAGUGCAACUAUUCAAACAAAACAGACCUAUCGACGAAACCAGUCCAACGCUCCCGGAAGUUUGGUACGUUGGCAGUGAAAUCGAAUUACAUCCAGCCUUUGGGAAUAAAGAGCUACAACGUUACUCCCAAUCAAAACGGCGCUUUCUCCCACAUGCUCGUUCCUUCUUUGACGAUUCUGAUAUAAUUUACCGCCAUAUUGUCCCAUCGGCGUUUCAGUCACCCAUGGGGCCGGCUAUACUCUCGGCAGGCUGGGCAGCUAAGUGUACAAUGUUCUGGAUCCGGAGAGGUGCACGAUAUGUCCCUGUUACAUACACGGGAUUUGCAUAUUUGAACUACUUCAAGUUUAUGUAUUUGGUUCCCUACGCGCAGGGGAAAGAUAAAGCGUAA